GUCUGCGAAUCGGCACAAGGGAGAGCUGCCUGCACUGCUCGCCUGCACAAAGCCCAGGCCCCGGAGCGAACAAAGGAUGGCCUCAGCCUGAUUCGAACGACGGACACCCUCCUCUGCGGGGAAACAUUCCCCAAAACGUCAACAAACUCCGAAACUAUCUUUAGUUGACGUGCCAUAUGAUCCGCGCCCAUUUUGAUCUGCCGAAACCCGACUCCUGAGUCUCGCUUCAAAGCUCAAACCAUCGCGCAGCGUGUUGUCAGCAUCACAUGCUCGCUCAACGUCGACAUAUUGCAAUUGGUCCACCGCUACGCGCGGCCCGGCGCUGAUGUGGCGAGCACCGUGUGACCUUCUGGGACCUAUAACGCAAAAUGCAGCCGGACCGCCAGGGAAUAUUUUGGUACAAGAGGCGGGAGGGCGACGCUUGGCCGGGUCAGCCACGAUGCAACUCCUCCUGAAUCUGUGCUUGUUUGUGCUUGCCCUGGGCGCCGGUGCGCGUGCGCGCGGGGAGAAGGGGGAGGAGGUGGAGGAGCUGAAAGGCAAGUGCACGCUGAAGGCGUCGGGGGGAGACGAUGCCCCGCAGUUCCUGAAGGCGGUGCACUCGUGCUCGGAGGUCAUCAUUCCCAAGUCGGCGACGCUGAACAUCGCGACGCGCCUCAACAUGACGGGGGUGUCGAAUAAACACAUCCGAGUGAAAGGCACGAUACGAUUCAAUCCAGACAUCCCGUACUGGAGCAACAACGCCUUUCCAUUCGCGUACCAGACCCAGAUCACCUUUUGGAUCCUUGGCGGAGAGAACAUUCGCAUCGACGGUGGCGGGACGAUCGACGGGGCCGGUCAGCCUUGGUACAACGCAUUUGCGACCAACAAGACCUUGGCUCGACCUAUCAUGCUGACGAUCUUCGGCGCCAAGCACGUCGUAAUCGAGGACCUCAAGAUGAUCAACUCCCCCGAGUGGUUCCACUUCGUCAACAACGCGCAGGACGUCACGUACAACAAGCUCAAUAUCAGCGCCGUGAAUGCGCUUGGCACGGAGGCCAAGAACACUGACGGAUGGGAUAUCUACCGCUCGUCUGAUGGUGAGCCGCUCAGCAUCGUGGCUAUCUUCCGCUCACCGAGCAUUCCAGUGACUAUCAAGAACUCCAUCAUCAAUAACGGAGAUGACUGUGUCUCGUUGAAGCCAAAUGUCACGAACGUCCUUGUUUCGAAUCUGAAGUGCAACGGAAGCCAUGGAAUAUCCAUCGGGUCGCUGGGGCAGUAUCCAGGCGUCUUCGACUUUAUUGAGAACUUCGUAGCGACCGACGUUGUGAUGUCGAACGGUCAAAACGGCGCGCGCAUCAAAGCAUUUGCGGGGCCGAACGUGGGCAGCGGCAUCGUCCGCAACAUCACGUUCAACCAUUUCUCCGAGUCGCUCGUGAAUAACCCCGUCGUUGUCGAUCAGUGUUAUAUGACAAACGCGACCGCUUGCGCUGCGUUUCCAUCCAAUGUUCUCAUCCAGGAUGUCUGGUUCAACAAUAUCUCUGGGACCGGCAGUGGCUCCUUGGUCGCCAAAAUAGCCUGCUCUCCCGGCAGCCGCUGCUCUGACAUCAACGUCAACAACUUCACACUCAGUGCCGCACCAGGGCAAGGAUCCGCUGUAUACCAGUGCCAAAACACGCAUCUGAACGGGAAUGCGGCGGGGCUCUUCCCGACAUGCACCGUGACGUAGCUGAUCAUCACGAUUCUGAGAACGGCAGGCAUGGCCGGACGAUAGCUUAUUCAAGUUCACUCUGUUUGUUUGCGAUUACAGCCAGUACGAUCACCAGGGCGUCAAUUCUUGAAUCCACGACAGCUUUAUACCAUCGACCAACGUCUCCUGCGAGAGGAGAUUGAGGGUGGACCCGAAGCUGGGAUAGAGCUUCACGGAGCGCAGCUUCCCACACCUGCUUCGGAGCAUGUCGUUCAGAUAGAACUCGGGACACAGGAACACUCCCGAGAGCGACAGCGACUCCAGAUUGGGUAAGAGUCCGCACGUGGUCGAAUCCGGAUCGUAAGCGAGAGACUCCAUGUCGGAUUCGGUGAUGUCGAGGAUCUCGUCACUGAUGCACAAGUGCUCCAGCGUCGGAACGCACGCGAGAAUGUCCAGGAUGAAGUCCAUAGGGAUCUCCAGACCAUAGAGGGUGAGGUAUUUGAGAGGACACUGGGACCUGAGUAAGAAUCCGCACAGCGCAUCGCCUGGCGUGCUGUCCCAUAGCGUAAGUCUCUCAAGUGAUGGAGCGGAAAAGGAAUCCAGCAUGUUCUGCGGCUGCGCACGCCAGAAGACCGAUGUCAUGGAGAAUGACGUGAGUGUCUGGGAGACGACCAUGGAAGUCGGGCCCAAAGUGUCGGGAUCCCGAGCGGUGCCAUCGACCUGCAAUUCUAGCAGAUUCGUCGCCCGUCGGAUGACCUCGGACAGGCCGUUCGCGUUGAAGUGGUGCAAAGUGCACUUUCUGAGGCGGUGCCACGGUAUGCGCGCGAGGGCCGGGAACAGUGCGGCCGGGAACUCGAGCUGCUCCAGGGCCGGACACCUGACGAACAGGCUUUCCGCGAACUCCUCGUACGUCUCCGUCUCCAGCUUCAGAGUCCGGAGCCGCGGAAAUGACAUGUCCUCGACGCCGCUCCACAUCCGCAGAUCCUCGGACAAGACCGUCAAAUCCGCGCGCUCCCAUCUGUCCGCAGCCGAGAACAGCAGCUUCAGCACAAACUGCCGCAGAUCCGGCGGGAACUGGCUCGUCUCCGUCCAACGGAGGUCGAGGGGGUGCUGCCCCGACCACCGCAGCUGCUGCGUCAGCAGCAGCUCGAAGCACGCGGCGCUCGUGAACGCGGGACUGCCAUACGACAGGUGUAUGCGCGCCCACAGCUUCGGCGUGCCGACGGCCGCGUCUCGCCACCGCCGGGACACGCGCGUGAGCAGCCACUUCGGGUCGGAGCGCAGCGGGCCGGAAAACGUCGUCGGCGCGAGCGCAACGAAUAUUUCGCCGAGGAUCUCGAUGGGCAGUUGGCGGAACGGGGAGAUGAUCGACCGGUGUUGGUGCGCGAACGACUUGAGCGCAGCGUGCCGCGCGGAGAGAUCGGAGAGGUACAGCUUUGUGCGCUCGAUCUCGGCUUCGAUGGCGAGUGCACUCGCGGCUGCGGAGGAGAUGGCGUCCCGAAUCGCUUCAGUCUGGAAAUCGGAGGAGGGGAUGCCAGAUUGGAUAAAUUCAGGGCAUGGGGAGGGCGGGACGGGUGUCGCGUCGAGUAUAGAAUGGCCGCACAAUUGACGGAUACGAGCCGACACUUUGCACGUGAGUCGGCACCGCAUUAGAUGUCCUGUUCGAGUUUAGAGCCUAUAGCCUAAGCUUGAAGAUCGAUAGAACAUCACGUCUUCUGUUAUUUUUUCGUAAAUACAUGUAUGCCACAUUUCACAAAGGUCAAGACUCUGACGUGGGAGAUGGUAGCACAUGUAC